UUCUAUCUUUAGCAUCCUAUAUCCACCUUGCACGUUCACGCUUCAAUUACACGCUUAACAGACGCCAUCGAGCCAAUCCACGAUGCAAUCGGUGUGAGCCUCAAUUAGCAAGCCACAGCACCAGUCUCGAGUUACAAUUACUGUCGUCGUUACUUGUUCCAACCCGCCAGUGCGCCCUUUGUUCUCUGUUCUGCCUUCAUUGUUGCAACCGGGACACACAGGUGCCUCCAGGUCCCCCUUCCACAUCCACUUGACCGCACCCGCGCUCUCUUGGGUUGCAUACCUGGCCCGACAGGCAACAAAGACAACUUGAGUGUUUCUUUGUUGAACACACAAUUCCCUCAUCCGAGCUUCGGUUUCGUCCCUGCCCAGUCUCUCUUCUCCACACCGCGACCGUGGUGCAGCCAGUUGUUGACACACUCGCCCUCAUCGGAUCAGAAAGCGCACUUGGGACUUUGGCAUAUGCAAGAUACGAGAAACACAUAAACAGCCAUGGGUCGGAGGAAGAUUGAGAUCAGAGCGAUCAAGGACGACCGUAAUCGUUCAGUGACAUUUCUCAAGCGCAAAGGCGGUCUCUUCAAGAAAGCCUACGAACUCUCCGUCCUAUGUUCGGUUGACGUCGCCGUCAUUAUCUUUGGCCACAACAAGAAGCUCUACGAGUUUUCGUCGGGCGACAUCAAUGAAACACUGCGGAGAUAUCAAUAUUAUGGAGCACCUCACGAACACAAAGGCCCUACCGAUUUCAAGAACAAGGGCGGGGAGGAUGACGACGAUGAAGAUGAGGAUGAAGAUCAUCCUGCCCACGCCCGAGAAGAGUCGCUGCCGCCGCAGCAUCUUCCUCCCCAGUUACAACACCACGGCUCUUUUGCGCACAUUCAACAGCCUAUGGCUUCUGUCUCGCCUCCAAUGCCUAAUGGCAUGUUUCAGCCACGGCACGGCACGCCGCAACCUCCUCAUAUGAUAUCGAGGCCGCCCUCACAGAACAUGAUCCGCCGGACGAGUUCCAACCUGGUUCCCAUGCAACAUCCUCAUCCCACUCCUCCCCCCCCACAGAAUGGAUUUGCGUAUGUACCGAAUCCACCCAUUUACAACCCUCAAGCGACGCCGCCUGUCCCUCCUCAGCCUUCACCUCAGCCUCAAUUUCGGACGUUUCCUCCUCCUCCUCCUCAGCAGCAGCAGCAGCAGCAACCACAACCGCCGCCACAACAUUCACAGUCCCACCAGCAGAUGCAACAAGCGCACCAGCAAUACCUGCAGGAACAAAGACGACAUUCACAGCCGCCUCCGGCUUCUCAACCCAGUCUCCAACCUCCACCCCAAGCAGAAGCUCGCGUCUCACCUCAACCGGAGCAGUUGCAUCUUCGACCACCAGAGCAAGCCACCCCACCUCAACCAAAGCAUUUGUCAUCGAAAUCAAGAAGUAUAUUUACUCCGAUAGAUGAAGGAGGCUCGGUCUUGAUGCAACAUUUCUUCGGCACGACUUCGGAUUCCAAACCUCAAGUGAAGAAGGAAGAGGAAUCGCCAGAUGUCAAACCUCUGCCCCGCAGCACAACAGCCUCCACCAUCCCCAGGCCCAGUUCACAAGGAGCUCGGCCGCAAACCACUGUUCCGGAAUUUGCUCCACCUACUCGAACGAAUACGUCGGGGUCGAAAUCCGGUGCUCGACCCAAACUGAACCUUCAGAUACCCUCUGAAGCGGAGGACAACGAUUCAGCGACCGGAGGAUCACCUUCACAGUCAGCGAAUCCAUCAGCGAACCCAGCCAGAGGCUCCGACCACAUUGUCUUACCGCCGCCUUCGCCGAGCGCUUCGGCCGUAAUGUCGGCUGGAGCGUCUGGGCCAGGAAAUCCGUUUGCUCGGCCCGCACCGCCUACUUCGAAUGCGAAUCGCGAUGCAUACAAUGACAAUCGAAACAAUAUCGAGACUCCAGUGUCCGCCUUACCGAGUCGCUACAUGAACAACGAUCUCCUACCGAGCCCGAGCAAUUUCUUUACAGAGUGGGACCGAAUGUCUGGUGUUUUGCCAAGCCCACUCGUGUUUCCGACACCUGCAGAUGCGAGAGGAUUAGGAUUCGGAAGUAGAGAUGCAGCCCGAGAAGCUGCUAGCGAACAAGCGAAUGGCGAAAAGAGGAAAGGGAGCGUGGAUCUGGCGGAGAAAGAGGGGGAUGCAAAGAAGGUCAAGACCGGUGCGAGUUGAUGUCGAGUGACGUGCAAAAGGCGGAGGAAUUCUACGACGGGUGAAAUGCCUUUGGAUCGACCGACUUUACCUUUGAGGGGACUACUCAAAUAUCUACAAAUAUCACCCAAUACCCAAAUCACUAAAAAAAAAGAACACCAACUUCACGACUUUUCACGGCCGCGCAUUUUCCAGGAAUCCCAUCCGUUCAGUGUUUUGCCAGUUAUGUUCAACGUUGGCUGCUUGAGGUCUUUGAUAGCGAUGUCAGAAUCUAUGGUUAUUUGUAUUUGGCAUAGCGGGAGGGGGUUGGAGUUUUCAGAGGAGUGCUCUCACACGACAACGAACUUGGGUGUGACCGGUUGGGUUCAAGUUGUAUGUCUGAUUCAGUCGAGGUGUUUAUGGACAUGGCUACCCAGUACGAUGCGGGCACAAGGUGACAUCCAAUGUGUUGGAAACUUGUUUGAGAUUCCAGGAGGAAAGGGAGGUGCAUCCUCCAACAUUCAAUACGUUGUAGGGAUGUGGAUAGGAUUUAUGUUGUUACAAGAAGGCAAAAGGAGACCAUAGCCGUGGAUGGAAUGCUCCUGGUUGACGAGAGUGGAAGACAAAAUCAAAUGUCUGUUUUUCUGGA